AUGACUUAUCAAGUGCCACAUUACUUUUUGUUACCGUUCAGUCGUGCUCUCAGUGAGACAACUGCAGCCUCAUCACCUCGUGAUCAUUCAUUAAAGACCCAUUACACUACAGUGCAGUCAUCACAGGCACCAGCCGAGAGCAAACGAAUGGAAAGCAUUAAUGUGACGGAAGACAACACCGACUGCCGACAGACCCAAGAUGUGUCUCCCGAGAACAAGAAGAAGAUGUCGUCCAUCAUGAAAAACGUCAUCUCCCUCGCUGUCGCCAUGACGUUUCUCUUCACCAGCUAUUUUUCCAUGGAAAAUUUGCAGUCUUCAAUUCAUAAAAUAGACGGCAUCACUUCCCUGGCAGCCAUAUACAUAAGCUUCAUAAUCUCCAGCUGCUUCAUAUCGACGCUCCUUAUCCGAACCUUUGGGGAGAAAAGCAUCCUGUUUGCCUGCUCUGUCUACUACGUGGCUUACAUGACAGCUCAGCUUUAUCCAAAGCCAUACGUCCUCCUCCCUACUGCUGUUCUUCUGGGCACGGCAGCUGGGCCACUGUGGGCUGCCCAGGGAUCUUACAUCACAAAGGUGGGAACAGCAUUUGCUAAUCUGUCAGGCGAAGACGCUAGUGAUGUUAUUACACGGUUCUUCGGCGUGUUCUUCAUGUUCUUCCAAUCAACGCAAAUAUGGGGCAACCUCAUUACAUCCUCAGUUCUCUCCAUCGGAGCCCACACUCCUGUAAAUGAGGAUGAAGACUCUAUAAGUACCUGUGGCUACAGAUUUUGUAUUGCUGGCAGAGAUGAAAGGAAAGAGGAGCACCUUGGCAAUGACACCACUGAACUGUCUGAAGAAGAGGGUAUUCCCAAAUGGCAGAUUCACGCACUCACUGCUUUUUUCCUGACUGGAGCGUUUGCUUCAUCAGCAAUCAUACUCUUCCUCCUGGACCAAGUCCAUAAAUAUUAUUAUUCUGAGGAGGACGGACGCAAAAAUAAAUCAAAUGUUCUUCAAUCUCUCUAUGCCACUCUGAACCAUGUUCGUCAUCCAUACCAGUUAUUGCUAAUUCCUCUCACUGUUUGGUCUGGGAUUGAAAGGGCCUUCUUGACUGCUGAUUUCACUGCAGCAUAUGUCUCAUGCGGUAUAGGAGUCCACAUGGUUGGUUACACAAUGAUCUGCUAUGGGGCAUGUGACGUCAUAGGAGCCAUGGUUGCAAGCUACCUUGUGAGGUGUGUAGGGAGAGCUCCAGUCAUUACCCUGGCGUUUUUCAUCAAUGUCUCUGUGAUUGCAACACUGAUCGUCUGGCUUCCUAGGUCUGACCAUUUCACCUGGUACUUCGUCAUAGCAGGCCUGUGGGGGUUUGCCGAUGCAGUGUGGAUGACUCAGCUUAACUCCAUCUACGGUGUGAUGUUCCCAAAACAAACCGAACCUGCAUUCAGUAACUGUCGUUUAUGGGAAGCAACUGGCUUUGCCCUUUCAUUUGGUCUGAGCUCCAUCUUAUGCAUCAACGUUAAAAUUAUCGUCAUCUUGGUGUUUCUGGCCCUGGGUGUGUUUGGAUACUUCUUCAUAGAAUUCUUAGAAAAGAUGGGAGGGCUACCAAAAGACGGAGACGGCACUGUUGUUCCAAUAGAUAAACUCAAUAUAAGAAAUCGCUGAUAAAGCCCAAGUGACUUACAAAUUCGUCUUCUUUUUCUUUAUGUCGCCACUAUUUUUGUACAUAUUAUUGACAAGCCCUGAUACUUACAGGCUCAGUGCACAAUUCAGACUUGAAUCUAACUGGGAACUUAUACGAUUCGAAUAUCUCUUCAUGGAGAAAAGAGAGAAUACAAACAUAAUGAAAUAGUGCCACGUGACAUCCAUUCAAGCUCAGUUGAUUGUAAACAAUAUUGUACUUUUCUUGUUACUUCUUUAGCUGCCAUAAUAUAUCCUCUUCUGUCUCAGGCAUAACAGGGAGACUACAGAGACAAGAAUAUAUCUGGAGGAUCCUUAUAAUGGCAUAUAUUGGGUGAAAUCAGUUCCUCACACUAAAAUUGGAAGUCAUAAAAGCAGCUGCUCCAGAGGGAUAGUUCUCACUUAAGGGGUUGUUUCUUUCACCCUUACGCGUUAUUUAUUUCUGAUGAAGGACCAGGGCUGAGCUUGAGAUAGCAAAUCAACUGUAAUGGCCAUCCAGUCAGGAAAAUGAAGAAAUUCAAAAGUGAUUCAAUGUGGCUACAUUAUACAUUAGAGCCUGAACUUUACCAGCAGGUGGUCUCUGAAUACCAGAGGACUUGGAUGUCUAAAAUACUGGAAUGGAAAAGGAUUAUGGGGCAGUUUUAUUUAAAACAGCGUUGCGUUGGUCAAAACUGGUAAAAACCUAACGUUUGUAUACGUAACAAUAACUAAAGAGUCUAAGGAAUUUGGCUGAUUGAGAAUAUGCUAACAGCAUUUGGGACGCAUUUCUAACAAUCUUACGUUGUUUAUGAGUAAGCAUGUAAAAAGAAUCAAUAUUGCUGUAUGAGAACAUAGUCUAAAUAUGCUACAUCAACCGGUAAAUUAAAAAAAUUUCUGACUGGAAUCGUAAAAACUACUUAGCUGGGAACCAAAAUCUUGGAUAAUAGUGAAUGCCAAAAAAUUUGUUAAGGUCGGUAUUAUUCCUCCUUUAGGUAUGUCAAACACUUUUUACUGCAAACGGCAUAACAUUCUUAAAACAUCUAAGUCCACGUUACCGUAUUUGAAAGUCAGAGGGGAAUCAUUUUUGUUUAAUUUAUUCCAGUUAACACAAAUCGCAACCUUCUCUGACAUAAUAUUUGUGUUAGCAAUACACCUUUCUUUAUAAUUCUGACCACGUUUUCAUGUACUGUCACUCACUGGGAAUGUUUCUUCGAAAGUAAAGGUAAU